AUGGUGGGCGAAAAGAAAGUUUUGAUGCUACAUGGCUUUGUUCAAUCGGAUAAGAUAUUUUCUGCGAAGACAGGAGGAUUACGAAAGAACUUGAAAAAGUUAGGUUAUGAUUUAUACUAUCCUUGUGCCCCACACCCAGUUGAUAAAAAGGCACUAUUCCAAUCAGAGGCUGAAAAAGGAAGAGAUGCCGCAAAGGAAUAUAAUACCUCAGCAACUAGUGAUGAAGUAUAUGGAUGGUUCUUUAGAAAACCCGGAUCUUUCAAUUCAUUUGAAAUAGAUCAAAAAGUGUUCAACUACUUGCAUAAGUACGUGCUAGCAAACGGACCAUUUGACGGCAUCAUUGGAUUCAGUCAAGGCGCUGGUCUAGGUGGUUACUUGAUCACUGACUUCAAUAAAAUAUUAAACCUUACGGAUGAGCAACAACCAGCUUUAAGGUUCUUCAUAUCCUUUAGUGGAUUUAAAUUAGAAGAUAAAAUCUACCAAAAAGAGUAUGAUAAAACUAUUCAGAUUCCUUCUCUACAUGUAAGGGGUGAGCUGGAUGCGGUCGUUGCCGAAUCUAGAAUGAUGGCAUUGUACGACUCAUGGCCCGAUAAUAAAAGGACGUUAUUGGUCCAUCCUGGAGCUCAUUUUGUCCCAAACUCGAAACCAUUUGUGUCUCAAGUUUGUAAUUGGAUUCAAGCAACAAUAAACGAAGAGGUUCAAGAGCAAGAUCAUCAACUCAAAGUAGAACAGAGACAAUUAGAUAAACCAUUACUGGAUGAUGAUUUAAUGAAUAUGAUCGAUUCUUUGGGCAAGUUAUAA